AUGGCGCAGAACGCUGUGAAGAAGACAAACUUUACACCACCUGCAUGUGCUCGCACCCGUAUCUGUGCUCUACCAGUAAACAGUUUUGAGGAGAGUGGAGAUGCGGUUGCACCAUCAGAAUGCGAUGGUAAGUACCAUGACAAUUACACACCUGUGGUGGCAUUGUCAACGGCAUGGUUCCGUAAAAAGAGAUGCCACACCAUAUCAACAUUAAUGGAUAUGGAAGUUUGGAAAGCUUUAGGCAUAAAUGACAAGGACAAGGAAUGGGAAUGGGAAUGGCUGGAUAUGACCUGGUCUGAUGCUUGA